AUGUCCGAUAACAAUGCCCAUCACCCUGGAGUGCGCAGCUUGUUGGCCAAGUUUGAAGGCCAAAGCCCCGUCGCCUCUCCGCCGCCUCGUGGCCGAUCUCCAGCUGCAUCAGAUUCGUCAGGGACAGGCCGGCAACUGUCCAAGGUCCGGGCGAGCUUUGUGACUGUAGACGGGGCCGUACAGUCGAAUCCUGCUUCGCCGUUGAGGAAAACAAGUGGGCGCAGCGAUAGUUCUGGAAUGUUUGGACCGAAAAUCAAUUCGGGGGAUGCGGAGUCUGGCCGGCAGACUAUGAUCUCCCCCACCCCGCUCAGUCGCCUAGACCACACGCAGAACUCGACUAUGGGACGGAUAAUGGCCGAGGGUCGACCGGAGGAAGCCACCGAAAUCAAGAGUGCACGGAAUCAAACCGUCAACGAGGGACCUGCAGCCCACACUGAGACUGAAUCUCAGUUGCGAAACAUCCAACCAAAGCAGACAGAGGAGCCCAUCUCCACGGAUUCCAAGUCUACAAGCUCCGACACUCCCUCGCAAAAGUCAAGUUCAUCAGGAGCGAUCAAGAAGAAGCCUUCUUCCGUAGGAUCUGCCCGCAGUGCAGCGAGCAAGUCUGUAUCAACUACUGCAGCUUCAGCUGGCACCAAGCCUGCUGCUCACAAGACAGCCUCCAAGCCCACAGCCCGCGAGGUGGCUAAAGAGCGUGUCAGCUCCCUGGCACACAAACCGAGUCGUGUCUCACUGAAUCCCAAGACAACAGCACGGCCAACCCGUGGCUCAGCCCUGACACAAGAUACUUCAAAGCCACCUACCGCAGGUGCAUCCAACAAGCCAGGAACCAAGUCCCCACCGAAGCCUGCCCGUGUACCUGGUUCGAUGCAAACUGCUAAGCUAGGAAGCGCAGGGGCUCCGAGUACUCGCACUACUACCGGUACAUCAGCCCUCACAAGAAAACCUUCAUCCCUCAAAAGCGCAACGGGAGGUCAAUCGCGUGCUACUACUCCGAGUACAAGCAUUCGCAGACAAGCCUCUCGCCCUUCGUUGCCUUCUCAAGCAGCUCAUGAUACAACCACUAAGCCUGUCAAUGAGGGUUUCCUUGCGAGAAUGAUGCGGCCUACUGCUAGCUCUGCGAACAAGUCCCACCCCCAGGAAAAGACUGAUGCAAAGCCUGUUACCAAGACAACAUCUCUUUCCAAGGCCCCCAGGCCAUCAACUGGAAGGGUGCCAGACCGUGGCGUCCCCCAUGCGAAGCCUAAGAGCACCGCUCUACGACCUCAAACUCAGAAAUCUCAGGGUCUGAACAAGGACCCUGUGCCACAGAAAGACGAACAUAAGGCCUCCCAAAAGAGACAGGAAAGUGAGAAGGAGAACAUCGUGAAGCCUAUCACAGCCAGCCCCAAGGAGCCUGAAACAGUGGAACCUACCCCGGUUGCGGCUGCUAGACAGCCCGAAGCUGCUCCUAAGCCAGUCAAGGAGAUCGCCUGCCCUGCCCAGGCUGAGGAGCCUACUCAAGAAGUUGCCAUUGCAUCUGUUGAGCCAAUCGAGAAGUCGAUUGAAGCGCCUGAGCCAGUCAUCGAGGAGACAUCGGCUGAAAGCUCUGACCUCGUCCCAAUCGAAGAUGCUACGGAGGUACCGGUUAAGACCGUUGAUUCCAACGGACCCAAGGCCGAGGCUGAGGUGGAUGCACCUGUCGAGGCCCUCAUUGAGACCAUCGCUGAGGAUGUUGAGGAGAACGCUGCUGAAACCACCGCCACAAGUGAAGAGACUGCCGCAGAGCCCGUGGCAAUCCCAACGGCUGGCGAUCAAGUGAACGUCGAUGAGAAGCAAGAGACGUUCAAGUCCAAACCAGAGGUGCUCGAGAGUCCGGAAUCAGCAGAGGUCCAGGCCGAGGCUGAGAAGGAAGACGAUGUGCCUGUGAAGGAGACUGUUGUGCCUGAGAUUUCGGCAGAGGCCACAGGGGAGAUUUCCACUGAGGCCAAGUCCACUGAGCCUGCUCCUGAUGCGCAGCCCGCAACUGAGACUGAGGCUGAGUCACGCAGCGUCGCCAUCGACAUUGCCACUUUGUCACUACACUAG